AUGACGUCAUGUCCUGUGGACAGAUUUUCUUCUGUUCCCGAUUCUUUAAAGUGGAAUAUUAUCCCGGUAAAUCCGUCAAUCCCUUUUUCGACCACGACAACGAAUUCGACCGACGUGUAUAUUGAAUCAUCGGACAAUAAAUUAUGUCUUUCUGCAGCUAGUUCGAAUGUUGAAGUAUGCCCAUGUGAUAAUGGGAGCCCUGGACAGAAAUGGUCAGCGAGUGGAAAUAACUGGAUGAGUGGAUCAAAUUGUUUGGGAAUGAUCGGAAAUGAUAUUGGAUUGAGCACUUGUCAGACUAGUUCAAGUCCAUUCCAAUGGAAAGCUUUUCAUGUUGUGCCAGACGCGAUAAAUUUAUACACCGGAACUUUGUUUUCACAAAAUUCAACGCAUCUAUUCUUAAACACAUAUACGUCAAAAAAUCUUCCAUCGUCAAUAUUCUCUUCCCCUUUCUCGAUUGAGAUUCCACCUGGAUUCCAAUUUGUCGUAAGCCGAGGAGUAAACGUCACCACAACUUAUGAUUCGGAUGUGGCACAGCUGGAUCCGAUCGAUGGUCUCACUUCGACAAUCGUUGUAAGUCUUAAGUUAGGAUUGGUAACAUAUGAGCAACCGGCUUAUUUUGGUGAGAGUCGAUUUAUCGGAAAUGGAAAUUCAUCUGAGGCGCAGGAUGGUGCAACUUCGAUGUUAAUUGGUUCGGUAAUGGUUCCUGACGGUUUUCGUGCCGUUUUAUGGCAAUCAUCUAAUUUUUCGGGAGAUAAUCUUGGGAUAUAUGAACCUAUUGCAAAUUUCACUGGAAUUGCAGUUGCAACCGCUCAAACUUCUGCCGGAAGCAUCGAUGUGUCAGCUGCUACUUGCUCACCUGAAUGUUCUUCUGGUGGCUUUUGUUCGAGUAAAAAUCAAUGUACUUGUAAAACUGGAUUUACUGGUCAGUUAUGCGAUCAAUGUCUUCCAGGGUUUUUUGGUCCGAAUUGUCAACCCUGCCCCUCAUCAUGUGACAAUACAACGCACUUCACCUGUGACGAUGGAUUAACCGGGACAGGCAAAUGUAACUUGAAUAAGUGUGCUCCAGGUUUCAAUGGUACGCAUUGCGAUACUUGUGCGGCUGGAUUUUAUGGUUACCCCGCUUGCCAACCAUGCAAUUGUGGUAAUGGGGUCUGUGAUUCUCAAGGACGUUGCACAUGUAAUGCCGGCUGGGCCAACGAUCCCAACAACAAUUCAACAAAAUGUAGUAUUCCUAAAAACGGUUACUAUCAAUCUGGUGGUGAUGUUCUCCCUUGUUCUCAGGGGUGUAUCAGUUGUCAAGCAAAUGGAAUAUGUAAGGCGUGCUCAAACGGUCUUAGGGUAGGCACUGACGUUACAACAUGUGUUCCGAAUACCCCUGCAGGCGGAAAUCCUCCAUUGUGUGAUUCUUCGAAAGCUUAUAUGGAGGGAAAUUGUGUAUCAAUAAACAAUGAUGAUGGCCAUUGCGUAACUCCAGAUAAUUUAAAAUAUGUUGUUAAUGUGCUCACGGGAAUUUGUCAACCGUGCCCGAGUAGUUGUGUGGAUUGUUAUAUUCCAAGCUUUACCACUCAAAGCCCGAUAAACAACACGGUUUGUUCAGCGUGUAUGCCUGGCUAUGUGCUUGAUGAUAAUAAAAAAUGCGUUAAGACAUGUCCUCCAGGAGAAUACAUUGAUGACAGUGACAAUACUUGUAGCAAAUGUGAUCCUUCAUGUGGUAGUUGCAAUGGUCCCUCAAAUACACAAUGUCUUACAUGCACAGAUUCAACUCAAUUCGCCCUAAAUGGCACGUGCUCACCACAAAAAUGCCCCUCUUCAUACGUCGCAAUAAAUACAACUUGCACUAAAUGUCAUCCAGAUUGUGCCGAAUGCAGUGGUCCUGCGCUUAAUCAAUGCACAAAAUGUCCCCCAAAUCGACCAAUUUUAUUCAAUAAUCAAUGUGUAGAAAUCUGUCCGAAAGGAACUUACGCUGACAUGAAUGGAAAAUGUCAACAGUGUGACAAAGAAUGUUCUUCAUGUGUUGGUUCUUCAAGUAAUCAGUGCCUUGGCUGCAUGGAUCAGUCAAAAAUUCUGGUUGGAGGUUCUUGUAGUGGGGCAUGUCCAUCCGGAAGUAGGUUACUCGAAAGCGAGCGUCUUUGCCAGAAUCUUGACAGUGAAAAUGUUGUGAGUCCAAUUGGCGGGGACAACACCUCCCUAACGAAAAAAUCUUUACCGUGGUGGGUCAUUUUAGUGAUUAUCAUCGUGGCGGUUUUACUUUUAACCUGCUGUGUAUUUUUAUUGCGAUAUUGUGCGGUGAAACGACGAAAGGAGAACACGGAAAGAUUCAAGGAACAAGUGGAUGAAAAUGCGGUAGCGAAUAAUAUGGAAGAGCUAUACACCCAGGAGGAAUUAAAUGGCCAAGUAAAAAUUUCGCAGCCUGAUAAAUCUUAUCUCUCCGGUUCCAAGAAAAACAUUCAACCUCAUGAGGUUUUCGAUUUCCGCGAAAGCAGUCCUCCUCCAGCAUAUAAACCUGAAGAUGAGGAACGAUUUAAAAGUCAAAGUUCCCUCCAAAAAAAGCCUUCAUUUAAGGCUAAACUAGAGUGGAAGAAAAAAAAGGAUGUUUGGGAGGGGUUUGAGGUCGUAGCGUUAAACGGGGGAGAAGGUUCUGCCCGAAGCAGAGAAAAACAGAGGAACUCUGAUGGAUCACAAAUGAGUGAUUUGAAUUGGGGCACUAAUUGGAUUUAA